GUUAACCGAUAACAAACUGCUUGACGGGGGCCAGACGAUUGAAUAUAGUUAGAUAUAUAUAUAUAUAUUAAAGUUUAUUUCCGUGACUAAUACUGACGUUAUGGUGAGGAACCGGGUCGUUAAACAGGAUGGUUCUUCCUCCACAACCAGCAAAGUUCAGAGGUCUGCCAGAGUCCAGAGGACAGAGCCGUCCCGGUGGUGGCUGAAAGGAGGCUUAUUGGCUCUCUUUGUUAUUUUCAUUUUGGUGCCUUUCUCGCUGAGAAUACUCCCAGAAUUAAUCCAGCACCUUGUUUAUGCUCACAGAAUCAGGGUGCCGUUGUUUGUUGACCUCAGCCGACCUGCUGAUCUCUCCCUUAAUCACACCAUCAACAUGUACUUAACAUCAGAGGAAGGAAUCUCCUUGGGUGUAUGGCACACUGUCCCUGAAAGUCAGUGGAAAGAGGCACAGGGGAAGGACUUGGCAUGGUACCAGGACAGUUUAAGCGAUGGCAGUCCAGUUUUCAUCUAUCUUCAUGGGAACACAGGCACAAGGGCAGCCGCUCAUCGGGUCGGAGUGGCAAAAGUAUUGAGUGCACUUGGUUACCACGCACUGGUGCCUGACUACAGAGGGUUUGGAGAUUCCACCGGGGAGCCGACUGAAGCCGGUCUGACUACUGAUGCCCUCUACUUGUACAACUGGGUCAAAGCACGCAGUGGAAACAGCCUGGUCGUCAUCUGGGGACACUCUCUUGGCACUGGAGUGGCCACUAACACAGCAGUAAAACUGACUGAGCAAGGUGUGCUCUUUGAUGGUGUGAUCCUGGAGGGCGCGUUCAACAGUGCACGACAAAAGAUGCCCGGUAAUCCUUUCGCUUGGUAUUACUGGACAUUUCCGGGCUUUGGGUACUUUUUCCAAGAGCCAUGGGCAGAAAACAAAGCCGUCUUUCCUACUGAAGAAAAUCUGAAGAAAAUGAGAAGCCCAAUCCUUUUCCUUCAUUCUGAGGAUGAUCACUUAGUUCCCAUUCACAUUGCUCAGCAGAUGUACGAGGUAGCAGUGAGUGCCCAGAAUGCAGAGCGAGUAAAGCUGGUGUCGUUUGAGGGUUCUCUGGGGUACCUGCACAACGGCCUGUAUAGAGACCCCCGUCUGCCUGACAUCCUAAAGAAGUUUGUGUUGUCGUUGUAACGUUGGAAAGACGACUGAAGCAGAAAAACCCGACCAGGUCUGAGAGGUUGAGAUUUCACUCGAUCACAUUCAAAUAUUUUGCCUUUAUGUGUGCAUGGGUUGCAUAAAUAUGUGACUUAUUUAAAAUAUGUGAUUUUUAUGAAUCAAAAAUGUGUGUUACUUUAAGAAUGAAUGUUAAAAUUGUUCAGGUUAAACGGAUAUUGAAGUUAGAACUUGGAAUUCCCAAUGGAAAUGCAAUUUGGAUGAGCCAUUGUUGCAGUAGGUGCCCUCUACUGGGCAUUGUUGUGUGGUGAUAAUGCUCGUUUAUAAUACUGGAUAAUGAGUUUGGUAAUCCAAGGCUUAAAAUGUCUAGGUGUCAGUGACAUUUCAGAAUAAUACAAGGAGAACAGCUGGGAAAUGUCUGUUCUCUGACCUUGUUAUCGCAAGUGUGAUUUUAGAAAAAAAAAACAGAGAUUCUGAUUUCUUUGAGUUUAACCACAGAUUAUAUAGUACAUCAGUUCUCAGUUCAAAUGUCAUUGCAGUUAAAAUACAAUAAAUGUUA